CAAAUAGCUCAUGGGGGAAAAAAUAUCCUCUCUUAUCAGGUUUUGUCUCCUCUUCUAUCUGUGUCACCUUGAAGAUAUCUAUUGAGCUUUAAUGUAUUUUGUGUGUUGCAGAUAAUCAGAGUACAAACUUCCGUAUAGCUGAAACUUGACUGAAACCUGGAAGCCUUGAGCAUCCCAGGGUGUAUCUGAAUUCCCAGUAAAUCCUGGAGAGACAGAGACUCUACUUCAAAUCUACCAGACUAUUUUUAUGGAUGAGAAUACCUUCCCCUGCUGCCAGCUGGGAGCUGCAGCAGUACCUCUGCCUGGUCAAUGCCAGGGGAGCUGGAGCCCUGCAGCAUCUUCUCCGCUACAGCAAUCCUUCCUGGUCAUCAGAUAUAAUGGGAGAUACCUUUUCCAAAGCUAGUAAUUGCACAUAUUUAUAAAGAAAUCAAGCUUAAAAAAAUGCUGCCACCUGUGAGCAGAGGAGAACAGUGCAGAAUUUGGGGAGGUGACAAAUGUCUGCUUGUGCUCUGAACAGCCUCUGGCUUGGAAUAAUCUUCCACCUUGUGAGCAAAGGAUUUGGGGCCUGACAUUCAUUUCCAGGCAGAAUAGGUGCCUCAGCCAGGCAACGUGAUGGCGGUGUUUGAUAACUUGUCGUGCCAUCACUCCAUCGAUGACUUCCGAAACCGAGUCUACUCCACACUCUACUCCAUGAUCAGCAUUAUGGGCUUUGUGGGCAAUGGCGUUGUGCUUUACGUCCUCAUAAAAACAUACCGGCAGAAGACAGCCUUCCAGGUGUACAUGCUGAACCUUGCCGUAUCUGACUUCCUCUGCGUGUGCACCCUGCCCCUGCGUGUCAUCUACUAUGUCCACAAAGGGAACUGGUUCUUUGGUGACUUCCUAUGCAGGGUGAGUUCAUACAUGCUGUAUGUCAACCUGUAUUGCAGCAUUUUUUUCAUGACUGCAAUGAGCUUCUUCCGUUGCAUAGCCAUUGUUUUUCCAGUCCAGAACAUCAAUUUGGUUACAGAGAAGAAGGCUAAAUUUGUCUGCAUUGGCAUUUGGAUUUUUGUCACCCUGACAAGUGCUCCGUUCCUGCGAAACGGGACAUACCAACAUGGCAACAAGACCAAGUGCUUCGAACCCCCAGAAAACUCUCAUAAGACAAGUCUAGUUGUGACCCUGGAUUUUAUUGCCCUAUUUGUGGGUUUCAUUUUUCCCUUUAUUGUCAUAACUAUCUGCUACACCAUGAUCAUAAGGACCUUACUGAAAAAUUCUUUGAAGAAGAACCAGGCUAAUCGCAAGAAGGCAGUCUGGAUGAUCGUCAUCGUGACGGCCACCUUCCUGGUGAGCUUCACCCCAUACCACAUUCUGCGUACAGUCCACCUCCACAUGCUGUGGCUGGAGAACACCCGCUGCGAGGAUGCCAUAUACCUACAGAAAUCGGUUGUAGUAACACUCCCCUUGGCAGCCUCCAACUGCUGCUUUGACCCGCUUCUCUAUUUCUUCUCAGGGGGCAACUUUCGGAAGAGACUUACCACGUUUAGGAAGGCUUCUUCCUCCAGCUUAACACAAGCCUUCAGGAAAAAGUUCUCCAUAAAAGAGAAAGAUGAGGAGCCCUUUGGAGAAAGCCAUAGAGAGAACGGAAAGGCAGCUGUGGCUCCUUCAUAAUGAGGCUAGAACUUCCCCUAAGAUCUCUCAUGGGCAACUGAAAUCUUGGAACUCUUCCAGAAGACAUGAUGGAGGCUCACAAGCCUUCAUCGCAAUUAGAUCUGUAAUGAUAAUGGUGGACAGUCCAUGUUUUGUGCUACUUGGUGGGACAGCCCCUUCCCCAGGAGCACUGCUUGGACAUGCAUAGCCACUUAGGAUGGAGGAGCCACUGCCAACCAGCACCAGAAAGCUGUUUAUCUGAUGAUAAACUCACAUAAACAAAUUCUUCAAAGCCUGUAUUUGGGCAUUUGCUUCAUUUCACAACUCUACUAAGAAUGUUAAUAUUCUGAGUCAGUGGGAACUGUAAACACAACAUUUGCUAUACAGGCACUCAGGGAGCUACUGACAAAUAGAGAGCAGAGUUUUCACUGCAUUUUCAAACAGCCGCUAAAUUAUUUACAGAGCAGAGGCCAGGAUAAUUCCUGCCCUACUCUCAACUGCUUCUGCUUUGGAUUUCAGUUUUCAAGAUAAUUAUGUGUGUAAGACUUGCAAGGUUGGUUCCUGGGCUUGCAAAUCCAGGAACUCGGGCUUGAGCCCCUCUCCCAACCCAAAGGAGCAGCUCUUUGGACAUGAUUUCAUGGGCAGCAGAUCUGCCAGCAUCUUCUGAAUUUCUAGAAAAAUCUUGUCUGUGGAUGCAGUUUUAAAAUUGCAGUAUCCUAGUGUGCAUUUGCAACUUAUUUCAAUGGGACUGGUCCUGUAAGCGAUGGCUGCAGGAUCUGGAUUAUCACUCCAGUUCUUCAGGAUGUUUUGGCUAAAAGUGGAGCUCUGGGUGCUUGAAGUCCAGUGCAGGAUCAGGCCUGCCUUUCUGAACUAUUGACCAAGUUUUUUAAAAAAUAAUUUUAAAAUAAAAAAUAAAAAUUCAGAAGUAAUUUUUAAAAAUAGUUAUAUAUUAUAUUUGUUCCUGUUCAGGAGUGCUCAUCUUGCUCACACCUUGCAGAAAAGAGGCAACCCAAGGCCUUUGGAAAAAAUCUCCAGGAAUACCUGGAAAUCAGGAGUCUGAGUCCAGAUGAGACACAAAUAAAUCUUAUUUUGAGUGCAGUAAGGUGAAAAAACAGAUUGCACUAUGUUUCUUGUAUAAAGAAAAACUUCAGAAUCUUGGACAGAAGGAAACGUUGCUGUGCUUUUCCAGUGAACCCUUUAGCCUUUUGCUAGAGCAAAGCCUAAAUGUGUGAUAUAUUAAGACAGAAAUAGAAAUUAUUGUAGGAUUAAGACUCUUAUUUGGAAAAAUGGUUGAUAAAUUAAUAGCAAGUAAGUUUUGAUGUGUUAUUUAUGAAGUCACUUGAUGUUAUCAUAAAGAAAACAGUUUUAAUACUGUAGAAUAAAGGUGAGCAAAAGGAAUUUGUCUGGUUGGGGGCAGGGUUCUGCCUGAGAAAUUAUCUUUACAGAUACACAGAAGAGUGCAAUUUCACUCUUUACCCCACAGUCUGCACAUGCCAGAGUCAACAAAAGGCACUUAAAGGAAAUUCCCCUUCAGAACAAUUUAUGGAUGUGAAUUUUCAGAAUAGAUCUGAAACCCCUUUAGAAAAUUUUAAGGAUCUGUGAAGUGGAAGAGGACUGAAAGCUGUUCGUGUAGAAGAGUUUUACAGUUCCACCUAAACCCACAGGAGGGCAGAGCUUCAAGUUCAAAGCUGUAACUAUAGACUGCUUUGAGAAAUGUGUGUAAGAGUUGGCUAAAACUUCCUUUCAGAGGCUACCACUGAGUAUUAUAGUUGUGUCUCCAAGCAUUAAGGCCAUUGUGCAACUGUAAAUAUAACUCAUCAUGGAAAACUGAAUUUCAGAAUAUGCAGAAAUAAUAUGCCCAUUCCCAAAUUUUAAAAUAUUGUACAGUAAAUCAAUAUACAUGUGUGUUGCAAAGCAUUUUUAUUGUACCAGAGGUUGUUUUUUUUUUCUAUGAGACAAUUAUUAUGAGAAGAGAAAAGGCAGAGUUUUUUGUGCAAUAGGAAAGACUAUUUAAAAAAAAAAAAUAUUGCUUAAAUUAAAGUGUUGCAAGU